GGAAAGGGUUGGAGUUUUUACAGGCGAGUUCUUCACUUCCUCGUUAAUCAUGGCGGAUGAGAAUGAGACAGCACCGAAGCAGGAGAAAGAAGCGGAGCUAGACGAGGACCACGGACAUUGUAGCGACUGCGAAAAUGAAGAGCAUCAUUUCGAUGAUGGAGAAAAGGGGGACACAGGGGCCAAGAAGAAGAAAAAGAAACAGAAGAAAAAGAAGGACAAAUCUGGGGUAAAAGACUCAACCCAAGACCAGCUGGCCAAAGUAAACUCUCUCCCUGCCGAUAAGCUUCAGGAGAUUCAGAAAGCCAUCGAGCUCUUCUCAGUGGGACCAGGACCAGCCAAGACCAUGGAAGAGGCUUCACGCCGUAGCUACCAGUUCUGGGACACUCAGCCUGUCCCUAAGCUAGGAGAGAUGGUGACAACGCACGGCUGCAUCGAGCCUGAUAAAGAUAACAUCCGAGAGGAGCCGUACAGCCUUCCUCAGGGUUUCAUCUGGGAUACACUGGACCUCGGCAACCCCGCUGUGCUAAAGGAGCUGUACACUCUGCUGAACGAGAACUACGUGGAGGAUGAUGACAACAUGUUCCGCUUCGACUAUUCGCCCGAGUUCCUGCUUUGGGCUCUACGUCCUCCAGGGUGGUUGCCGCAGUGGCACUGUGGCGUGAGAGUCAACUCCAAUCAUAAACUCGUGGGCUUUAUCAGUGCCAUCCCAGCCACCAUCUGUAUCUAUGACAUAGAGAAGAAGAUGGUGGAGAUUAAUUUCCUGUGUGUGCACAAAAAGCUGCGCUCCAAACGCGUGGCUCCGGUGCUGAUCCGAGAGAUCACCAGACGGGUCAACCUGCAGGGCAUCUUCCAGGCUGUCUACACUGCCGGGGUGGUACUGCCCAAACCUGUGGGGACCUGCAGAUACUGGCACCGAUCUCUAAACCCACGGAAGCUGAUUGAAGUGAAGUUUUCACACCUGAGUCGGAACAUGACUAUGCAACGCACUAUGAAGCUCUACCGGCUGCCAGAGACCCCGAAGACCGGAGGCUUGAGGCCGAUGACGGUGAAGGACGUCCCGGCUGUGCACCGCCUGCUGCAUGAAUACCUCCGUCAGUUCAACCUGGCUCCACACAUGAGCAUGGAGGAGGUGAAGCACUGGCUCCUUCCCCAGGAGAACAUCAUCGACACUUACCUGGUGGAGACUCCUGAGGGGAAGGUGACCGACUUCCUGAGUUUUUACACCUUGCCGUCCACCAUCAUGAACCACCCGGUGCACCGCAGUCUGAAGGCGGCGUAUUCCUUCUACAACGUGCACACCACCACACCGCUGUUAGACCUGAUGGGAGACGCACUCAUCUUAGCCAAAUCGAAAGGAUUUGACGUUUUUAAUGCACUGGACCUGAUGGAGAACAAGACGUUUCUGGAGAAGCUGAAGUUCGGUAUCGGAGACGGGAAUCUACAGUAUUAUCUGUACAAUUGGAAAUGCCCCAGCAUGGGCGCUGAGAAAGUGGGUUUAGUACUGCAGUGAUCCUCUUGACUCAUCAAAGCCCUUUCUUGCGUCAAAGCGAAGCCAAGAACUGACGUCAUGCACUGACCACCUGACUGAUGCUCCAGAGGGACUUCCAGGUUUAGGAAGAAAAGCCACCGACCGCAACCACCCCCCUUUUUUUUCUUCUUUUUUUUUUAUUUUUUUUUUAAAAUAUUAAAACUCUUGGACCUGCACUACUGCUGGCAGACUGUCUUCUCUUUUUCUUUCUCUUUUUUUCUGUCUUUCUCUGUAUCUCCAUUUCUUUUUAGUCUCAGCUUCUUCUCCUUUUACUUAUUUCCUCCAUCAGCACUCGGAUCUGAAGCCACUGUAAUUAAUUCCGAUCAUCCACGAUCGUUUCGCAGCAAUUGCGUAUUGUGUUGUGAUGCGAGUGUGGAUAUGUGCUGAGAAACAGCAGCUCGUCCUUCAUGCUGUCUCCAACGAUGCUCGCUUUCGCAGUGAAGAGGCUCAGUCCAGCCGCACUCUCUCUCUCUCUCUCUCUCUCUCUCUUUCUCUCACUAUCUCUUGCCUCCCGUCCAUAACUUAGGUGUAUUUGUUUUUCUUCAAAAACAAAAAAAAAGUCAUCGUAACUAAACAAUAAAAAAAACACAAGAAAAUGCUUGCAACAGAGAAAAAAAAACAAACGAAAGAAAGCAGAUGACGAUAAAAUCCCAGAAUGGACAUUACAAGGGCUGCUGUCAGCAAUUUUCUCCUUUAAUCACCAUGAAAGUAUCACUGAUUUACUGAUAUCGUAUAUAGUCUAAGGAAGAGAUUAUUAUUAUUUUUUUUUAUUUUACUCCUGUGCUUUAAUUUUAUAUUUUUUUCCUAUUUGAUGGAUCGCUGCUUUAUCAGUAACUGACUGCCUGUGAUUUCACUGUAAUGCCAACAGAGAAGCCCUGUGUAAAUACACAAAGACGCAAAUAAUACAUAACAAAAAGAAAAGAAAAUCACAGCUCAGAGUCCAGACUGUGGACACGGACUAAUGAUUAAUCCUAAAUGGUUCGAAUGCUGAAUAACGAGUGUGUCGGGAAGGUGGAGACGCAUCAGGGGUUGUGUUUGGGUUGAAAUAAAUAUUUAAACGCA